GCAGAGAUUCAUGUGACGUGGCCUUCGUUUAGCCGCAGAGAGAGAUCAGAGAGAGAGAGAGGGAGAGUGGUGGCCUAUAAAAGAACCCAUGUCGAAAUGGCCUUCUGGUUGACUAGCUUUAAGUUUUAACGAACUGAUGAUCAUCGAUCAAGCUCCCUGAUCCGCCAUUGUUAUUUCUGGCUUCUUAAUCCUAGGCGCUUCUCCAACAAAGAAAAUAUCGAGGCUGGUAACAAGGGAGUUGCAGCAAGGGAGAGACAUAUAACGUAUUUUCAGAGGGGAGGCUUGAAUCAACACGAACAUUUAGGACGAAAAGCCGUUUGUCAAGACUCAAGCUCCAAUGUCUGGGGAUGACUUUGUGGAGAUGGUAUGGGAAAAUGGUCAGAUUCUUAUGCGAGAUCGCUCGGGUAGAACGUUCAAGGCUAGAGAAUGGAGGUCUCGUUACGCUUUAUAUCCUUCCAAUGCUCAGGCAGAAGAUGGGGGAAACAUGCACAGAAAGAGAGCAAGGCUAGAAACCACGUAUUCGACUUUGAAAGACACCACUUCCUUAGAUUGCAGGGAUUCUGAUCUGCACUUUCCUGAUAAUGAUUCUUCACAAACUGGAUAUCAUUCUAAAUCAUCUUCCGAUCUGUAUCAACACCUAAAGUUGGAAGCUAAUAGAAGUAAGGGCGAUGAUAAGAAUUCCACAAAUCCCCAGAUAAAUGGUCGAGGACCAGACAAUGCAAAUUUCAGACCUAGUAAUGCAUCUUCCUUCCAUUGCCAAGAAUUGGACACGCUCCUAGGCCCAAGAGAAAAGAACCCAAGGAAGACCCCAGAGUCAAUAGCCGGACUGCACAUAUCAAACUCUAUGGAGCAUGAUUUAAACCUUAAUACGAAAACCGGGACCGUGAUGAACUUCUCCUACUUACGACCCGAAGUUCUUCUUAAAGCUAGUACUCCAGUUUUAGCACGAGUUCAGGAGAUGAAAAGUAGCAACGAUGAGAGGCCUCCUCUAGGUAGUAGAAACCCUCGUGAGUCAACAAUGAUUUGGCAGGCUAGCGGUUCAAAAAGAUCAGCCACAGGUCCUGAGAAUCAACCUGAAAAGGAGCUAACUCCACCUGUUGCCGAGACACAAGAGUCACUCCCUCAUGAGCAGCACCCUGAAGCUUUUUGCAAUACAAGGAUUAACUUGCAUAAUUCCCACGACCAACUUCCAGAUCAAACCUCAAGCGCCUUAGCAGCAAAUACACCAAAAGGAAAGCCAGCCGUGACAUCUUUUUCAGUAUGCUCACUUGAAGCUUCGAAUGAUCCAACGUAUUCUUUGAGGACAUAUGAGGAUCACACUGAGGAGUCGGAAUAUCAUUUAUCCCCGCCUAUCUCCAUUGCUUUAAGAAGCUGUCCAACUUCACUGCAGAAGGUUGGAGAACCGGAGUCAUGUUUUAAAAAACAGGCGCCAGCCCGUAGCUGUGGUGGUGGCAAGAGAAGCCGAACUACCGAAGUUCAUAGUUUAUCUGAAAAGAGGCAUAGAGAAAAGGUUAAAGAAAAGAUGCGUGUAUUGAAGGGACUGAUACCCAACUGCGAUAAGGUGGAUAAAGUUUCCAUGCUUGAUGAGGCCAUCGAGUAUCUGAAAACCCUACAGCUUCAACUACAGAUUAUGUCAAUGGGAAAUAAUGGUGCGUAUCAUGUGCCUUCAACUAUGUUACCUGCUGGGAUGCAACAUUUCAUGAAUGCAGUACCGCAUUUGACAUAUUUCUCUCCCAUGGGUGCUGGGAUGUACAUGGGAAUGGGUUGCAGCCCAUUAUAUCCCCCUAAUUCACAAGUAGGAGCCACUGCUCUUCCUGGGAUCACAGGAAACAGCAAUCAAUUAAUGCAUGGAUUUCUUGGUCAACCAUUUCCGAUGCCAAUUUCAGAUGCAUCCUUCCUUCCUUCGCUUGGAAGGCUGUCUGCCGGCCAAUCAGUUCGAUCUGGGCCGGCCUGUCCUCUCUGGAGCCUCCCCUUUACAAGAAUUGAUCAGCAAGACAUGUUGGCUCAUGUACACCGGUACCCUUAGCAAGUUCAGAGGAUUAAUCAAUUGAUCAGACCAUUAUAAAUAUACACAAAGAAGAUCAAUAUUUAUUACGCAAAUGUAGAAUCUGGCCUCAAAGAUCAAGCAUCAGGUUGAUGGAAGACAGAUAGAGGGAUCGAUCUAAUAGCAAAAAAUUGUAGAUUUAAACUAGUUAGGCCCCGUUGGGAUGUUGAGUUCUUUAUGAAUAUUUGUGAGUUGUGAUAAUGGAGUGAGUUUUAACUCAUCUUAGAUGAAUUUAGAUGUAUUUAGAUUCUAAGAUAAGUUUAGAUAUAUUUAUGAAAAGUUAAAACAUAUUAUGAAUCCCGCUUGUAAAUAGGUAUUAAAUUAAAAAAUAUUAUAGGUCUCACGUGUAAAGAGAUUUUGAGUUGA